AUGGGUUAUUUUACCUGUUCUGAGAGUGUACUGAUUCGUAAGUGGAAACAAGAUUCUGAGAGGACACAAGACAGGAUGGGUUAUGAGUACCAGCUCACCCCUGGUCAGUGCUGUGGGAAGUGUGUCCCUAUAGGCUGCGUUGUCAUACUGCCAAACAACUCUACACACCUAUUAAAGCCGGGCAUCAUUUGGAGCCCCCCUGGACUCCCCUGUUUGAAGUUUGAGUGCGUGCAGAUCGCUAAUCAGUUCAUCACCGUCGAGGCUAAGACCGUCUGUCCUCCCUACGUCGCUGAAGACUGCAUACCGGGAACUGAGACCAUAGCUCCAGACGGAUGCUGCCGUGUCUGUAUUCCGAGGGGUCAACCGUGCAGUGUGUCCACCACUCCUGUUUACCUGGAGAGCCAGGGCUGCCACUCCAAAGAGAGGAUCAAUGUCACAUCCUGUAAUGGAGCAUGCGGUACCUUCACCUUCUACUCCACCAAAAUGAGAGCCUUGCAGCACACCUGCUCUUGCUGCCAGGAGCUGGCCACAUCUGAGCGGAAGAUCCAGCUCUCCUGCCCCGACAACUCUGAGCUCACCUACACCUACACCCACAUUGACGCCUGCGGGUGCCUCAAGACAGACUGCUCCACCUUUGGCCACAGUGUAAAGGCGACCACUCUCUCCAGCAACAAGUCACGUCGAGGCGGGAGAUGAGGAAAAAAAACCUGGAUAUUGUGUAAUGAGCGUAAAUUAAUAGGACCAGAAUUGAAUCUGUGUCAGCUUUAUCUGCAUACAUGAUUCCUCUAUUUAUGUCGAAUGUAUUAGCGUUCUUUAGCGUGAUAAG